AUGCUUUUCAGUAUCUUUGCACUAAGGCACAUGUCCCGUAAAGUCAAUUCAGUGCCAGAUCCAAGAGAUGUUUUCCCAGAAUGUAAAAGUUUCGUCCAACCACGCAAUACUUUCGAGCCAAAAAUCCAAUCAAUUAACAAGGGCGAUUUAUUAUGCAUUCUUGGAUCAAUUAUGAUUGCAGGCAAGGGAGAUUAUCAAGUCACUGGAGCAAUUCCUUACGAAGUUCAAAAUUCCGAAGAUUUUCAAUAUAAUAAAACAGAAACUGUCAAAAAUGCAUUAGCAGUUAUCGGAAAUGAAGUUCAUGUCAACGUAUACCCAGUUUCCAAAGUGGAAUGUCUUGAGGACGAUGGCUGCAAGAUUCAAUUCAUGAGAGUUUCACAUUCAAUAGUUGAAUAUGGAACAAAUAAGAACAAAGGCAACUUAUCAUAUGCAUAUGGAAAAAGAUUCAUUGUCUCCACAGCAAACAAAGGAAAAUUCACACUUAGUCAAUAUGCCACAAUCAACAAGAAUAAGAAAACACAAGAUGUCUUUGAUGAAACAGACUUCACUGUAAUUUCAGCCCAACAAAUGACUAUGAAAUGGAAGAGAUCAAAGUAUGGUGACUUCGAACAUAAUAACAUUAAGGAUCAUGAAAGUACAUCAGGUGAAAUAUCUGCUUCAACUACCUUUAAUAUGUUUUCUGACUUUAAUGAUAAGGAAUCUGAGCAGUUAUUAAAUGUAUAUAACAGAGGUGAAGAUGUAUCUCUUGAAGGACAUGUUUCCCUUGAAUGGAAGCCACUUAGCUCAGGAAGUGAAACGGAAUGGUAUUUCCCUGAAAUUACUGCAACACUUUCAACAGAAGAAGGAAUUUUCACAAAAGGAAACAUUGAUCAAGAUUUCCCAUUAACUCAUUCUUCAGGUCUCUCUGGUGUUGCCAUAUUCUUUAUUGUCCUUGGCGUUAUUUGUGUUAUUGUGGUUCCAAUUGUUGCGAUUUAUCUAAUCAAGAAUAAGAAGAAUCAACAUUAUGACACAAUUUAA